AAAUGACAUGCAAAUACCCAACUAGUUUUUUAUCAUCUGUUAAAACUUGAUCUAGAGCUUAUAAAUAGUAGAACACUCAACUUGGUGCCAUACUCCUAAUUGAAAAAUGGCAAGAAGUGAAAGGUGGUGUCUUCUGUUGUGUCUGGGUAUUGUAAUAGGACUAUUCACCGCAGGUAACUGUGAAGAGGCAAAUGAGGAAAAAAUUACUAAUAAACGAAGUGUAAUUCAUGGAGAUGAGUACGACGCGUAUGGAAACAAGUGUUGGGGUUCCUGUUUGUCGACACAUACCUAUGGUGGGCACCAAGGGCACGCAUUUUCAAAUGUAAAUGGGUUAUAUUCGGGGGGGCACAGUGAUUAUGUGCCAGAUCAUGGAUCACACGAUCAUUUUCCUAGCAUCAACACUCAUACGCACUCCGUUCACACAAUUACGAAGGAAGUACCCGUUCCGAAACCAUAUCCGGUUACAGUUACAAAACAUGUGCCAGUGAAAAUACCGCAGCCGUACCCCGUUGAAGUUCCUAAACACGUUCCGUUUCCGGUGAAAGUAAAAGUACCCGUUGUAGUUCCCAAACCUUAUCCGGUAAAAAUUACAGAAAGAGUCCCUUAUCCGGUUCAUAAACCGGUUUAUGUACCAGUUACGAAACAUGUUCCGGUUGAAAUUCCCAAACCAUACCCCGUACAUAUUACCAAACACGUGCCCUAUGAAGUGAAAGUUCCUGUUGAGGUACCGAAACCUUACCCCGUAAGAGUAACCGAGCACGUUCCUUACCCCGUUGAAAAGAAAGUGUACGUAAAAGUAUCCGAACCAUACCCUGUUAAGGUUCCAACACCCGUAUACAUUAGCGAACACAACGAAGACUUCAUCAAAGAUAAUGCGAAUGUCCAUUUCUCAAUUGGUGAAGACCACAGUAGCAUCAAGGACGAGUCAUAUCUUGACGAUUGCUUUCACGGCAACGACUUUGGACAUUCAAAGUUUAGCAGUUAUGGUAGCGGUGGAUUAAAAAGCGGACAAGUUCAGUCGUUUUCUGGGGAAUCUGGAACUUACACUGGGGUGUAUAUUCCUAGUAGCGAAGGUGGUUUAAACGGAAGAAGGUGGUAAAUUUUCGUGUUACCAUAUUGCAUGCCUUCAGUUAUUAUUAGUAAUAAAAGUAAUGUGACUAUAGUCAUUCAAA